GCCUUUCCAAUCAGCCAGUCCAAAUAUCCUCUUGUUAAAUAUUUCGGGGGCCUGUACUUGAAGAAAGACAAGAUUUUCUCAAAUCUGUGAACAGGACACUUUUUUAAAAUGUCAAAAUAAACCAUCUGCUUGUACAACUGUUUCUAAUUACUUCCCUGCCUAGACUCUCCACUGGAGGAGUUUGGCACCCGCACCCCGCCCAAAGCGGAUCCACUGCCCAAGUCUUCGCAGGCAACUGAGCUUCCAGGAGGAGCCCAGAACCUGUGAGCUCCGCUAUCCCAAGUCCUUCUGCCUGGACAUCUGCUGGUGACACUUCCUCCUGCUGCCUCGGGUGGAAGCCCCACCUAGCAGCAGUGCAGCUGGUCUGCCCUCCCUCCUGCAGAGCUCAGCAUGCAUCCUCCAGGCUUCAGGAACUUCUUGUUGCUGGUGUCCUCCCUUCUCUUCAUUGGGCUGUCAGCUGCUCCUCAAAGCUUCUUACCAUCUCUGAGAAGCCUGUCGGGCGCCCCCUGCAGGCUGUCCCGGGCAGAGUCCGAACGCAGAUGUCGUGCACCUGGGCAGCCCCCAGGGAGCGCUCUGUGCCAUGACCGUGGCCGGUGCGAGUGUGGGGUCUGCAUCUGUCACGUGACCGAACCUGGCACCUACUUCGGUCCACUGUGUGAGUGCCAUGAGUGGAUAUGCGAGACCUACGACGGGAAAACCUGUGCAGGCCACGGUAAUUGUGACUGCGGCAAGUGCAAGUGUGAUGUGGGAUGGUCUGGGGAAGCUUGUCAGUACCCAACCAAGUGUGACCUGACCAAAAAAAUCAGCAACCAGAUGUGCAAGAACUCCCAAGAUGUCAUCUGCUCCAAUGCAGGUACAUGUCACUGUGGCAGGUGUAAGUGUGAUAAUUCAGAUGGACAUGGACUCAUUUAUGGUAAAUUUUGUGAAUGUGAUGAUAGAGAAUGCAUAGAUGAUGAAACAGAAGAAGUAUGUGGAGGAACAUGUGUAUGUGGUGAAUGUUCUUGCCAUGAUGUUGAUCCAACUGGGGACUGGGGAGACAUUCAUGGGGACACGUGUGAGUGUGAUGAAAGGGACUGCAGAGCUGUUUAUGAUCGAUACUCUGAUGAUUUCUGUUCAGGUCAUGGGCAGUGUAACUGUGGAAGAUGUGACUGCAGAGCAGGCUGGUAUGGGAAGAAAUGUGAGCACCCAAGGAAUUGCCCAUUGUCAGCUGAGGAGAGCACCAAGAAGUGCCAGGGUAGUUCUGAUCUUCCUUGCUCUGGAAGGGGCAGAUGCGAAUGUGGCAGAUGCACUUGUUACCCUCCUGGGGACAGCAGAGUCUAUGGCAAGACCUGUGAGUGUGAUGACCGGCGCUGCGAGGACCUGGAUGGUGUGGUCUGCGGAGGCCAUGGCAUGUGCUCCUGUGGUCGCUGUGUUUGUGAGAAAGGAUGGUUUGGUAAGCUCUGCCAACACCUGCGGAAGUGUAAUAUGACAGAAGAACAAAGCAGGAGUCUGUGUGAGUCAGCAGAUGGCACAUUGUGCUCAGGGAAGGGUUCUUGUCAUUGUGGAAAGUGCAUUUGUUCUGGAGAAGAGUGGUAUAUUUCAGGGGAGUUUUGUGACUGUGAUGACAGAGACUGUGACAAACACGAUGGUCUCAUUUGCACAGGGAAUGGAAUCUGUAGCUGUGGAAACUGUGAAUGCUGGGAUGGAUGGAAUGGAAAUGCAUGUGAAAUCUGGCUUGGUACCGAAUAUCCUUAAUGAUCCCAUGGGAGACAACUGGAUUCUUAUUUCUAGGCCAUUUUAGAAAUUCAGAGGAAAGCAUAUUACACAGCACUAGGACAGACUUUUGUGUGUUUCUCUAUUUCUGACUGCCCAACUGGGUCUUCAAUUCAAACAACUUUAGUAAACUGAUAUAAGUUACACCAUAAAGAAUUGUUCUCCCAUAAUUAACAUAGGUGUUUCACAAAUGAAGAGGGCAAUUUUGCAACCCCUAAGACAUUUGACAAUGUCUACAGAGAAUUUGGUUGUCAGACUUGGUAGGUAGGAGUAUUUGUGUUAUGGGGAUAUGUCUGUAGUGGCCACAGACAAUGGUGACCACCCUAAAGAAAAUAGAAAGGCCCUUACAACAAAGUAAUUUCUGACAUCCAAUGUUUACAAAGAUGUAGUAGAAAAAUGCUAAAUCACAUGGUAUUUAGUACUCCACAUCCCAACACCAGAAACACUGUAUCAGAAUAUAAGGAUAAUAUUUAUUCUCACAUAAACCAACCAGUCAGAUUUUUCCAGGAUUCCAUAUGACUCUGAAUUUGUAUAUGAUAUGAUUAUGACAGACACAUACGAGGUGUGAUGAUGGAUUGGGCGCUUCCCAGAUCACAAGGGCUCUAAACUCACAAGAAUCUCUUACAGGAAGAAAUGAUAAAUGCACAAUUUGACAUUUUAAUAAAUAAUAACAUAAGUUGUUUAUAUUCUGUGUCAAUAUCUAUUUACUCACGGAAAACAAACAUGGCAGAAAAGAAUAAAUUGGAGUAACCACUUUAGAUCCCAAGAACUAGCAGAUCUUGUUUUUAAGACUAGACAUGGGUUACAUGUACAAGAAAUCUGAUUUUUCAUACUUAAAUUACUUCAUGUAAUUUAUCCUCUGAAGAAGACAGUGUCUAGUUAGGAAACAUGGGGGUCUUCAUACUGCAUUCAUUUCCCUUUAAUGGCUCUCUUUUCUUCAAAGAAAUGGUGGGGUCCAAAGGAUGGCAUUGAUUUUACAAGUUCAGAAGUGGACACUAAAAUUCUAGAAAUGGUUUAAAUCAAAAUUACAAAUAUUCACUCAAUGAUACGAACAAAAUGUUUAUUUUCUGGUGAAAUUUUGCUCUGUAUGAAAUUCACAUUGAAUUAUGAAAAUGUACAAUAUUUGGGGUUCUCUUGCAUAUAUACAGUUAGAUCUACUUAUACACAUAGUUGAAUCAACCAUUAUUUAGAGCUAAAAAAAUACCUUUUCCCUAAAUGUGAAUUAUUUGUAAAAUCCAAAAUAACAUAGCAAAAUCAUUUCUGUUUUGUUUUAAGAUGAAAUUUUUACUUGCAAAUUUUAUAUUAAUAGUGUAAAUAUUUUAGAGUCAUGGCUUGGACUUUAUCAGUCAAGUCUUCAAAUGUAAAGAAAACACAUGUCUACUGUGUUACUUAAAAACUAAAUACCGAGAAGUAUUUGAAGGGUCACUGGUGCUGGUUUUAUAAUAAUAAUAAGGUUCUCAGAAUUUAACAUAUUUAUAAAAUUGUUGCCUCUAUCCUGAGAUUAGGGGACCCAGACAUACUGGUCGUAUAUCUAUUACUUACUGAGCUGGUAAUCAAUGUCAGUUUUGUAAAAUGAGGGAAAUAUAAGUUAUUAAGGUAUAGUAUGUGUGAUUUCAUUCUUUUUUUUCUAUAUUUUCCAUCUCUCUAAAUAGAUUUUAAACCAGAAAAAAAAAACAAUUAUAAUAAUUCAAUACCAGUUCUGAUGAUGUGGUGGGCGACUUCCAAGCAUUAAGAGUCACUAACCUUCCCAUCAUGGUACAAUGGCCUUCAGCUUUUCUUACUAUAGGACUCAGCCUUCUAUAAAAAUCUGGAUAAUGCCUAUUAGAGAAACCACUGAGGGAGCGUCUUUUUUCAUGUGUAAUAUUUUAAAACUGUAACAAAUAAAUAAAAUCUACCCUGAACUCUCAGGCCAUACAUAAACAGCUUGUGGGCUGGCUUUAAUCACAGCUGUGUGUGGUAGUUUGCCAGACCUUGCUUCCCUGGAGUUACUUUCAGUUCCUUAUGGCCCUUCUCAUUAAGCACGUCUUUUUUAAUUGUUAUAUUUUCCUCUCUAGUUUUUAUCAUUUCUAUAAAUUGCAUCUAUCAUAAAAGUGUGUGUUACUUUCUUAUAUUUUCAUAAGAAAAAAGUGUUGCAAUACCCUGACCAUUUAGGGGUUCUCAGAAUAGAGUUUAAGACAUUGGAAAAAUGUUUUCUUUCAUGAAGAAUAAAGUGUGCUAUGUCCUGAAUUUUGGACAACAUGAAAAUAUGUUGUAGGUCACCGUGUUCUGGGGUACACUGUUAUAGACUAUGGAAGAAAGCUGUAGUAUUUGCCUCGGUAACUUAAACUCUAAUCAGUUCUUUUUCUUGGAAAACAGAUUUUUUAAAAAAGAUUAAUUUUAUUUGCUAAUAUUUGUGUGUCUGUUUGUCUACCUGUAUUUGGCCCUAGCCAUGCCAACAUCAGUUUACCUAUGAAGAAGUGAUAGAUUUCACACACUUUUAUAGUAAAAGGAGGAAGAGGAGGAGGAAAGUGAGGAAGAAGAGGAGGAGGAGAUGAAGAAGGAGGAAGAGGAGGAGGAAGAGGAAGAGGAAAAGGAAGAGGAAGAGGAAGAAAUCGAACCAAAACUAAAGCACAUGGUGAUAGACAAGAAUAUAACCUGUCUCCUAUCUAAAUGUUUCUAUACUUUGACUCCAAGAUAGAAACUACCUUUUUUGAGAAUGCCAAGCAAGGACAAAUUCAUAAUGAGUAGAAGAAAACAAACAAAUCUCUUUGGCUUACUUGUGGUUUUCAAAAAUUACACUGGGAUAUAUGAUAAUUGAAAAGGAGACAUUAAGUUCACCAAUUUUGAUGAUCUUCGCCGUGCUUAUUUAGCAAAUCAUAACUGAAGAAUUCCUCUAGGGGACAAAAGUUCUAAAUUUAGGAAGAGAACCAUUGUUCCUUUCAGGAAUCCUGAGUUCAUCUGGAGUCUAGCAGCACCAGAGAAUAAGUGACUUAUCUCUAUCAGCUCACCAGUAAAUGUCAGAAUUAUACUAAAUGAGAACCUAGAACAAGAAAAAAAAUACAGUGUAGUCUUAAUUUACACGCUCAACUGUCACAACUUUUCUGAAAGCUACUCAGUAUUCCAGACACUUACUCAGUCUUGUGUUUCACUUUCUAAAACUCUUAAUUAUCUAUGUCUCUUAAUCCAGAACAACACAAUUUACAUUCUGGAUUUGACUAAGCUUGUGCUCCAGAAAAUAUUUAGAAAUUUGGCCUAAUUGUUCCCCUAGGAUAUAAUAUUUUCCUAAAAUAGAAAGUCAUUUUCCACCAUUUUCUGUUUCUUCUAAUUUGAACCUUGGUCAGUUUAGUCUCACUAACUAUCAUUGAGAAAUAUUAAACACAUAUUAUACGUGUGAUGUUUGGAAAAAAUUAACAAAGUAAUACAUAUUCACUUUAAGGAACAACAAAAGAUUUGUGGUUGUUGUUUUAGUUUUUGUUUAAAGAACCAAAUCUGAUAUUGGUCACUCUAGAGAGAGAGAGAGAAGAAAAAGAUGGUUUAGUAGUUGAAUCAUUAAUUAAAUGGUCAGAUAUGAUACAUUUUGCUUACUUUCUAAAAAGCCCAUAACUAGAAACACUAGAGAAAAAGUUGUAGUGUCCAUUAUUGAUCUAAUCCUCACCCAAAGUACCCAGAACAAGCAAACACUUAAAGCAAGACUCUACAUUCUCCAAAAUAAUAGGGAAAGUGCUCAAUUCCUUUUGCUCUUUACACAGAACAAACUGUUUGUGUGUCUUUCAUAAUUUUUCCCAAGGAAAGUAGUAAAAAAUUUUCAGGAACUAAACUUAUUUGAAAACAAAUAUGAUGUUGCUUGAAUUAUGCAGAGGAUGAACAUUGAGCACUGUUGAUGGAUAAGCAAAGCAAUCAGGUACCAUAAAAAAGGUGAUAGAACUAACCCUCCCCUACCAGAUAUGCAUGCAGAAGGAAUGGUUCUAUAGACUUGGUACAAUGAACAUACAUACAGGAAGAUAUAAAACACACAGUCUAUAAAUACAAAUGUGUUCCAUCAGAUUUACUAUACAGAACAUCAGUGAUGACAGAUUGCAUUUAAUGGUAGCAAACUGAAUUUCUGAGGGAAGGAAUGAUGACCUUGUUCCAGAAAAAUAGCAAGAGAGGUAUCAUCAAGGAGCUAAAAUUUUCUUUGGCAUGGUAAAGGGAAAAAUUGAGUUUACCAACUUAUUUACAUGAGUGUUCUCUAUAUUUGGGGUGAUACAAUGCUAUUUUGUUACACAAAAUUAUUUUAUGGUUUCCAUAUGCCUUCAUAUAAGUAUUUGAUCUGAUAUGUCAUAGCUAUGAACACAACAAAUGAUAAGAAACACAAAUUGUACAAUACAGACAAUCUCUCUGUAUGUAAA